AUGACUGAUAAACCAGGAUCCCCAUAUACCCAGCAGGGUGUGGUUGUGGCAAGUGCGGAGGUCGGUGCCAAUGCCGACUCAAACCGCCCUCUGCCGCGCCAGGACAGCCGACUUCCGACACAAACUCUGGAAGAACUUGCGAGGCAAAAUGUGGCACCAUUUCUCGAAAAAUAUCAGCCGCGACAGUAUGCGCCUUUGCGCUCGCAGAUUCUGAGUCCAUCCGAGCAGCGCCCGGCGAAUGCCAGUUACUGCUACCGUCACCAGCCUGACAAAAAGUGCGGUAGACGCCAAGCCGAUGAACAAUCUAUGACCCAGCUGCAGUCCGAGCUGAACAUCCUCCCUCAAAGUGAUCAACAGGGGAUCGCCCAUGUGUGGUCUCUCUUCUCUGCGGCCCCGGCAAAACAACGAACUCUCAUGCUCCAGGGAAUUUUGGCGCAGUGCUGCUUUCCCCAACUCUCCUACAUCUCUGCCAGUGUCCGUGAACUCAUCCGAAUUGACUUCCUCGCUGCCCUCCCUCCAGAGCUAUCAUUCAAAAUCCUUCGCUAUCUCGACACGGCUUCAUUGUGUCGCGCAGCUCAAGUUUCUCCUCGAUGGAGAGCUCUCGCUGAUGAUGAUGUGGUCUGGCACCGGAUGUGCGAGCAGCAUAUUCGCCGAAAGUGCAACAAGUGUGGAUGGGGUCUCCCUCUUUUAGACCGCAAGCGCUUGCGCGAAGCCAAGCGCGAGAUUGAGUUGCGCGCGACUAACUGGGGAAAUAACGAGCCUGCCGUUGGAUCCAGUGAAGCCACUAUCGUUGAAUCCUGCUCCACCGUUGAACCUGCAGCGAAUAACAAGCGCAAGAUGGGAUCCGACGACAAAGCCUUCGCCCUGGCAAAGCGCCAUUGUACAUCACCUCAAUCACCUGAAGACGACGAAGGUUACUUCAAGACCCGCUAUCGUCCCUGGAAAGAGGUCUACCGUGAUCGAUUCGUUGUCGGUAUGAAUUGGAAGCACAAACGGUGCUCUGUCAAAGUGUUCAAAGGACACAGAGACAGCGUCAUGUGCCUCCAGUUUGAGGACAAUAUCCUGAUGACUGGCUCAUAUGAUGCUACUGUUAAGAUUUGGGAUACAGACACCGGUGAAGAGCUGCGGACUCUCAAAGGUCACCAAGCUGGAGUGCGGUGUCUUCAGUUUGAUGACACGAAGCUAAUCACUGGCAGUCUGGAUCGCAGCAUUAGAGUUUGGAACUGGCGCACAGGGGAAUGUAUCUCCAAGUACAAUGGUCACGCCGAAGCAGUAAUUGCUUUACACUUUGAUUGUACUCUCCUCGCGUCUGCAUCCGUCGAUCGCACUGUCAAGAUUUGGAACUUCAAGGACAAGUCCACCUUCGUUCUUCCUCAUCCACAGGGGGUCAACGCUGUCAAAAUCGACUCGAUCUCGCGGACAGUCCUGACUGCUUGCGACGAUGGUGCCGCUCGCUUGUGGGAUCUGGAUACAAAGACUUGCAUUCGCGUCUUCCACAACCACAUUGGAGCCGUCCAGCAAGUUGUGCCUUUGCCUCGGGAGAUUGAACUCGAGAAUCACCUCGCCGACUGUGAGAAUGAUCACGUCAGCACUUCUUCCCAAAACGGGGACAAUAUUCUAAGCACACUAUCUCCACUUCUGGAGGCGAAGAGUCUCUCUCUUCAGCCCUCAGCAUUCGGCCCCUCUUUCGACGAGGACGAAGGCCGCAUGGAACCUCCGCGCUACAUCAUCACCAGUGGCGUGGAUGCCACUAUCCGAUUGUGGGAAACGAGCACUGGAAGAUGUCUUCGUACAUUCUUUGGGCAUCUGGAAGGCAUCUGGGGUCUUUCUGCGGAUACCUUGCGAAUCGCCUCCGCUGGCAUGGAUCGCAUGGUCAAGAUCUGGGACCCCCGCGUGCCCACCUGCCAGGACACCUACGAAGGUCACAGUGCAGCCGUCAACUGCAUUGGCCUUAGCGACAGCCGCUUCAUCACAGGCGGUGAUGACUACCAAGUCCGCAUGUACGAUUUCCGGGCCUAG